UUGAAGUGUAUCACUUGAACGUGCUGUUUGUGUGUGAUGUUUCGCUAGACAUAAAAUACCCCCUGUAUUUUUCUAUUCAAAGGGUACGACACAGACUUCUAGACAUGUUUUGUGGUUAUCAAGAAGGGGAUUUUCUGUUGCCUAAAGGCGGAGCAAAGCUAGCCUCUCUCUUUGAUCUGGAUCAGGCUGCCAGUCAGGGCAACGAGUCCUUCCAGUUCAGAGCCCCCAAACAGCCGAAGAAAACCCCCACCGCUCUAAGCCCAUCUCCUCAAAAGCCUGCACCAACUCCUUCUGUCCUUUUGGCUACUGCUGUUCAUGCAUUCCGCUUUGUGAAUGGCCAGUACACAAAACAGGGGAAGGUGGGAGCUGCUAUCCUGGGAAAUCAUCCAACCAGAGAGUACAUGAUCCUGCUUUAUGGCAGCGAACAGAAACCAAUCACAACUGCCAAGAUCCAUCUAGGAUUCAUCUUCACGGUUCAGCCAGGUAACUAUGGAACAUUCUACGAUGACCUGAGGCACAACUGGUCCCUGAUGUUUGAGUCUGAGAAAGCUGGAGUGGACUUUUGCAAAGAGCUGUGUGUGGCCAGAUGGAAUAGUGAGACCAAAGUAGAUACACUACUGACCCAGGACCUGCUGUUAGGAGAGGGACCGGCGGUGGACUAUGGUGACACGGUAGAGGUGGCCUUCACAGGCUGGCUUCUACAGAACCACAACAUCGGACAGAUGUUUGACUCCAACGUGGGCAAAGACAAGCUGCUGAGAGUGAAACUUGGCACCGGCAAAGCCAUUAAGGGAUUGGAGGACGGGAUGUUAGGGAUGCAGAAAACUGGGUGUCGCCUCCAUAUUGUGCCCCCCACCCUAGGCUAUGGGUCAAAGGGCAUACCCAACCACGUCCCCUCCUCAAGCACACUGGUCUACAAUGUGCAGAUCCGCCGGGUGAAGUUUGCUAAGGACAGUGGGUCGGAGCGACAGAGUGGGGGAUUAACCACCAACUCUCCCUCCCCAAGUGUGGACAGUCUGAGCUUUGGGAUGUCCCCUCAGUCUCAGCCCCCCAGCUCUAUCCCAGCAGAGCCCAGGGGAAAGCCUCUGAAUGUGAAAUCCAAUUCAAUAAAUGAGCAACUGAUGCUGUCGGAUACAGCCAAAGCCAAGUUGAUCUCUCAUAUGGCCAAGAUGGGUCAGCCCAUGCUGCCCUUCCCAACAGGAGCCAUCUCCGCCCAGCCAGACCACAGUGACUCCAAGACAGAGGACCCAAGUGUAUCUCACCCUUCACAUCACUGUCUGUUCCCCCAGCCCGUCCAGAUGUCAGCUGCACCCCCUGUCCAUGCAGUGCCUGAGGUCGUUGUGCCAACUGCUGCCCAGCAACCAGUGUUUAUGGAGACAGUGGUCCCACAGGCUGUGGACUGUGGUGGGAGCAGUCAUGCAUUCCAGCCAUACCCAUCGUUUCAGUCUGCCUUUGGUCCGUCCUACCUUGGUCAGUUCCACCCUCAUCAUGCAGUUUCAUACCAGGCACCUAGUGAUGUCACUUCCCUGUUGAUGACAGAGGUGCGACAGCACAACACUGAGAUCGGACAGGCUGUGGGGAAAGUGGCAGAUAAAAUCAAUCUGUUGGUCUCCAAGGUGGAUGAGCUCCAGAAGCAUGGUGGCGGCAACUCUCUGGGUCUGUCCUCGGUGUCCAUGGAAACAGCCAUGAUCCUGCACAACAUCCAGAGAAUCACCCAGGAGAACUUGUUUCUAAAGAAGGAGGUUCUGGAGAAGAGCACCCGAGUGGAGGAGCAGAACUGGAAGAUCAGAGAACUCCUCAAGCAGAACCAGAGGUGUAUGGAGCAGAGUGGUUUACUGUUGGAACAGAGGAAAGACGUGGUGAAGACCAGCAACCAACAGGACCAGACCAGCCUGCUGGAGGCAGAGCAGGACAAGCCGCACCUGACAGAGUACCUAGCCGCCUCCUCCACCCUGGUCUCCAAGCUUCAGCUGGAGUCGUCCUCUCUGCAGCGCUCUGUCUCUGACCUGCAGACCCAGCUCAGCCAAGUCCUGCAAGACAGGGACAGCCACUGUACUCAGUUCAGCUCAUUAGAGAGACUAGUAGAAGGGCUAAGGAAGGGGGAGGGGAGGGUUCAGGCCCAGUGGCAUGCAGAGAAACUGAAACGUAAAGAGAUGCAGCUGACAAUCGCCAACACGGAGGAGGAGCUACAGGACCUGAGGGCUGGGAAAGGCAACCUGGACAAGAUGCAGUCGGAGAGGAAGAGGACGUGGCAGUGUGAGCAUCAGCGUCUGUCUGAGGAGGUGGAGGAGGCGAGGAGAAGCAGCCAGAAGGAAACUGACCACCUGAGGGCCAGGAGAGGAGAAGUAGAUCAGGGGGAACAGGUGGUUCUGGAUAUGGACUGGCAGCAGGGUGGGUAUGAGAAGGAACUACAUAGCCAUGAGCUAGCAGAAAUCACACAGCAGAGAGACAUUCUGGCCAGGACACUGUCAGAACUACAGGAACAGUAUAUGGCAGCACAGAGCAGGGCAGAGACCACCAGGAAGCAGCUAGAAAUGCUAUUGGUUGAGCAGGAGAAGAGGCAUGCCCAGCAGCCCAAUCAGGAUGCAAUGGCAGAACAGGUGAAGAGAGUGAUGAACCGAGUGUUCCAUUCUCUGAGAGGGGAGUUCGGCCUGCACCAGUCAUACCAAGGAAGCGAUGUCCUAGGAGUCAUGCUUAGCACCAUCAAGAGUGUCACCCUGGAUCUGCUAACAGCCCACAAUCCAGAGGAAGAAGAAAAGGUGGAAGAGGAGGAGAAAUGGACAAAAGCUGUAGAGUAAAAUAGGAGGGAUGAUGAUGAUGAUGAUGAUACAGAGAUGAAUUGAUCCGAUGGAUCAAUACAAGAAAAAGAGGACCGUGGAGUUACUCAGACAGCCUGGACCUCUAUUGUUAGGUCCUUGUGGUCUGAGGCUCAAGUGGAGGAAGAGUCCAUCAAUUCGGAAGGCCUAGAAAGCAAGGGUGAAGACACACCAAGUACAUCCAGAGAAGAAACACCUUCUAAGGCUUGGACUGGCUCAGAGAAUGGCCCAAUGCCAUCAUCUCUCAUGGUUCUUAUUGAGGAAAUGUCUUGUCAAGUACAGCCUCUCGCAGUCCAAAUUGACCAAUCAAAGUAGAUGGAAGUUGUACCUCCCCCACCAUUGUUUAAAAAAAAAAAGAUUUUGGAAGCUAUACAAAUGCAUUUAUUAAUGUCCACAUAUGUUUUAUACCAUGUUUAUUCAUUUAAAAAAAAACGUUUUUAUUUAAACGGCCUACCCUGGCUAAACCCUAUAAUGACGCUGGGCCAAUUGGGACUCUCAAUCACGGCCAGUUGUGAUACAGCCUGGAAUUGAGCCAGGGUCUGUAAUGACGCCUCUAACACUAAGAUGCAGUGCCUAAGAUGCAGCUGCGCCACUCGGGAGCCCCUAUUAAACACCUUAUUUUGGUUUGAGUUAACAAUAUUAACUUUUGAAAGUGAGAUUUUCUUGGACAGUAAAACACAGUAUGUUCUGG